GCUGGUGAACAGUCUCUUUAGAAUUCAAGAAGUUCCCAGUCCGCAGAAAGGAUGACGCCACUGUUAUAAACGCUGGGGGCGUCGCGGCGAUUUUAGUCUGCGUGGGUCCACCUUGGUUACUUGUUGGAGGCCUAGCUCUUCGCUUCCCCAAAAGAUGCGCCUGGUUGUAGUGUUUCCAUGGAUGGUGGUAGGGACGGUGUUGUCCCUGGAGACCAGUGCGGGCAGCCUCUAUGACGAACACUUUCCACCCCUUCACCCUAAUUGUACCCAGAGCCUCACAGACCUUAUCUUGCUGCGCCAAGAAGUCCAGCUGAAAGAACUAAAGGAGGAGGGAAAAGUGUCUCCAAGGAUCUUGAAGCAGAUAGUAGACAUCUUGACUGACAUCAAAAAUUCUUUAAACCGCACAUCGAGUAAAGUAUCCUGCCCAGGUAAUUACAUAAACUUCGGGGACACCUGUCUGUACCUUGCCAAGGACACCGACGUAACCUGGGAAGCUUCUCGCACCUAUUGCCACGGCUUGGGAGGAGACUUGGCCGUGUUCCGAGACGCCAAUGCAUUCGCAGAGGCUCUUGGAUACGUUAAAGGUUCGGGUAUUCCAGGGACGGCGGACGUGUGGGUGGGCGGGAACGACCUUUCACUGGAGGGGGAAUGGAUGUGGGUCUCUGGAGAAGACAUGCCAAGAGGGACUCCUUUCUGGGGACAUCACAAUAACGCCCGCGAGCCCACUGGCGGAACAUCGCAGAACUGUGCCUUCCUGAAGGGUCAGGACGGCUUCACGAUACACGAUGCUCCCUGUGACUGGAAGCGCAAGCCCCUCUGCCAAAUCAAGCACAUUUAAGGAACUGUAUCGAAUGUGGUGUCUGCCAAUCAAAACGGACCAAGACUUCCAAAUGUCACAAAUCAUGUUUGGUUCAUAUAAAACGCAUUUAAGCAAAUGAUGAAAAGAUUCCUUGCAGUGUAUAAUACACACACACACACACAUACACACACACACACACACACACACAUAUACAUAUAUAUAUAUAUAUAUAUAUAUAUAUAUGUGUGUGUGUGUGUGUGUGUGUGUGUGUGUGUGUGUGUGUGUGCGUAGGUUUGUGUGUAUAUAUGUAUAUAUAUGUAUAUAUAUACACACAUAUUUAUGUAUACACACACACACACAUAUUUCCAUGUUUUAAAAUGCGGUUGCAGAAUUCAUUUUGUACUAUCUUUUGUAAAUAUAUAUAUAUAUAUAUAUUUAUAUAUAUAUAUAUAUAUAUAUAUAUAUGUGUGUGUGUGUGUGUGUGUGUGUGUGUGUGUGUGUGUAUGUGUGUGUGUGUAUGUAUAUGCAUAUGUAUAUGUGUAUAUUUAUAUAAUAUAUACAUAUAUAUAAUGUGGUUUUCUAAACAACUAUGCCACAGUAUUCAACAGGUGUUGUGAUAUCUUUUUUUAGUUUUGAUCCUCUUAGCCGGAAGGGAGCGUGUUGGAGUGUUGUGUAAGAUCUAUUUGUGCACUAAAAUAAAGCAAAAACGAGACCCUUAUCUUAACAGGAGUCAAGUGGAAAUCAUUUCAGAACCAUUGGAAGGAAGUAACUAAAAGAUUACCUAUUCAUGAAUGAACAUCAGUAUAGUAUAUAUAUAUAUAUAUAUACAUAUAUAUAUGUAUAUAUAUGUAUAUAUAUAUGUUUAUAUGUAUACACAUAUACAUACACACACACACUAAUAAGGUAAAGUUAAUCAAUUAAUACAUAAUUAGUAAAAUUGCUACUGUUGGCUACGGUAACUAGGCAGUUCCCCCCCCCCCCUCACUGUCCUUGAGUUCCUGGGGGGGGGGGUAUUUGUGUAUUUUGGUAUGUUUUGGUGAAGGUAUAAAUAAAAAUAAAUUGUAAUUAAAUGAU